AUGAGCCGCUCGCGAAAGCCGGUUUUGCCAAUUAAAACACUUUUUCUCUGUUUUACCUUUAUUUCGCAAUCGCGCAAUUCGAGAGAAAUUUAUAAAAAGUUUCAACUUUUUAGUGGUUGUUUAGGGACAAAUUUUUUUUGAUUUUUUUUUUCGAGUCGGAAAUUUUACACGGGUCUUUGCCAGCAAUAUGUCAGGAAGAAAGUUUUUUUUACAGGCCAGUCAACGUGACGUCGUGGAGCAAUGGGUAGAACGUCUCCGAGACUUUCAAAACUUUUCAUUGAAAAGAGUUUCGCCGGCGGAACCACCGCUGACGUUCUCCAGAAAAUGUUUCUCCGACCUCAUAAAAUGGGGGACAAGUUAGUUAUAUUAGAUAUUUUUUUCGUGAACUUUGUUUUAGGAAAAAUCCGAGACAGAAAAUUCUUCAAUUGGUUUUUUUUUUGAAAUGGCCUUACAUUCUUUUAAUCAUCGAGCCUAGAUUCCCAAAUAUUACCUUUGAAGGCAGAAAUUUGAGGAAUAAAUGGAGUUUCAGGCUUCACCGAGCUCGCUUCUGAACUUUUCAUCUGUCUCGAACUUCCUGAUCCAAGAAUUUGUGACGUCGUCCGUCGCCAGAAACUCAACGACAACUACUAUGCACUCUACCGUACUUUAACUCUUUUAACGAGAGAAUUUUCUCUCUUUUUCAGAAGCGGAUAGUUUUGGAAAAAUUCCGGUAAACAUAUUGGGUCUAAAUAAGGUUACAGAGGAGAAAAAUUUAAAGAAAAGAAAAAGGGAAAUUUGAGGUUUGGAUGGGCGAUUUCGAUGAAUGUGCUGCUGUUGUGAACCCUGUUGAUCCGCUUUAUGAGUAUGAUUUUUUCUAGUUCAUCAUGUUAUUGGUUAUUCACUUUCUAGCACAAAGUUCUGCUGGGCUCAUUUGAAUCUUCCAGUUGAUCGAUUCAUUCCCGACCAUGUUAAGAGCGUCUGUUCUAUUUUGUUCAUAUUUCAAUUUGAAAACAUUUUUUAAUUUUUAUUUUUUUUCUAACAGGUGAGUCAUAAUUCUAUAAUUUUUUUUCUACAGGUUUCUAACAAAACGUGCGGAAAAGGAAUUCCUACUGAUGUGAAAUGGAGCGUCUGCAUGCCAAAAUCGUGCUCCGAAAAGGUGAGAAGUGACGUCAUUCGUGGUGAAUCAACUUUUUGAUAAUUUUUGGUAGUCUUUUCUAUAAAAUUAAUCUAUUUCUGUUGAGUUCAUUUUUUUCAUAAAAAGUACGCUAUAGUUUUUUUGGUCGAUAUUGCUCAUAAGCUAAUCAAAUUUCUAUCAAAAAAGAGCUCAAACGACGAUUUCAGGAGAUUACCCAGGCGCUUAACUUCGUGCCGAAAAUGUUCGGCAUCCAAGGCAAGGCGAUUUGUUCAACGACGUGCCGUCCCACAGAAGCGAAAGCAGAGCCUAUCGUUUGGGUCAUGAAGUAAUUUCCAUGAAGUAUAUCUUUUUAUUUUCUGACGUCAUUUUCCAGUGUUUUCUUGGGAUUUUUCGUGCUCCUGGCGGUUUUUGCAACGGUUGUAGACUAUUAUGAAAGCGUGGCCGAUUACAAAUACGGCGAAACUCCAGACGUUUCAAGUAAAUUUCCUUCUAGUGGCUCCUUGAUGGUUCUUACUUUCAGCCCUUAAGUACAUUCUCUGUUUUUCGAUGUACACGAAUGGACAAAGCCUCCUCGACACAACAACGACCAAAGAUACACUGAGAGGCGUUGAGUGCAUACGGUAGUUUUUAGACCCCUCAAAUGGCUUUUUCAAUGUGGGGUUUUCACAGAUUUUUCUCUUUCACUUGGGUCAUCGCUGGACACUUUUGGGGAUACUGGGCUAAUGCUGGUCAGUUUUAUUUUUGAUGUUGGAGGUAAAAUGUUCGAUUCCGAUCAAGGGCGGAUAUAUAUUUUUGCCAAUACUUCGUAUUUUUGAAUAGCUCCGGAUUAUUCAUUUUUUGUUUCAAAAACUUCACUUUUUGAUACUUUUCGAAAAAAAAAAUUUUGAGCCAAAAUCUUCAAGUUCAGACAAUUUGGUGCAGCUGGCGGACAUCUUCAACACUUUGAUCUACGAAAUCUGGAUCAACGGCUUCUUCUCCGUUGAUUCUUUCUUUUUCCUCAGCGGCCUCUUGCUCUCCUACACUUUUCUGAGGAAGUACAACAUUUCCGACGUUAGGAAGCCGGCCACUUGGAUAUUUUUCUACGUUCAUCGAUUUUUGAGGUCAGAGAAGGAUUAUGGACUGAUAGUUGAAAUCUUGAACAUAAUAAAAAAAAGGUCGAUGUUGGCCAGAAGAUCGGAAUUUUCGGGUCGUGUAGAAAAUAGAUCAACGCGUUGCGGUCGAGCUACGUCUAAAACACUGAGGUUUAUAGUGUCUCCGACGCUCUGUUUCGAGUAUAGGCGUGCUAAAGUAGUUUUAUGGUCCGAUGAAAGUUCAAAGCGGCCGCAUCGCAACCGUUACGCGUAUAGCCAUUCUCCGUGCGAACAGAGAGGCAUUUGAGCAUAUAGGUCAUAGAAGUUAUCAGCGUGUAGGAGGUGUCAUGAGAAAGCCCAAAAAUUGUUCUAAAACACACAAUUUUGCUUUUCAGACUGUCGCCGGCUUAUUUUGCUUUCAUCAUCUUCUAUGCGACCUAUUUGCCACAGGUAAAUAACCUUUCUCAAAAAGAUGACGUCACAAUUACAGGUUGACGUCGGUCCUCACGAGAUUAUUGCCGAAAAAGAUUGGAGCACGUGUCGGGAUUCUUGGUGGAAGAACGUCCUCUACAUCAACAACUUUUUCGAUGCUGAGAAAAGCGUUGGUUUCAAUGGAAACUUUCAAAAGUCGUCUAAAGCCAAGAACCAGAAGAAAAAAUGAAGAAAAUAGAACCGUAUAAAAGAAAUUUAGUAUUGAUUCUAUAAGUUUUUUUUAAAAAUUUAAUUCAAGUUUUUAUCAAGUUUAUCGAACGGAAUUGAGUAAUAAUUUUGCUUCUUUUUUUGUUGAAUACUUCCGUUCUAAAUACAGAAGCUAUAUCUUUUAAUUUCGUCAAUUUCUUGUGAUUUGAGUUGUAAAUGGCUUUUUUGUUUACUUCUUCGAUCGCUAAGCUUAGGGUGUGCGCAUCAGUUUUAAAUGAUCCAAACUACUUUAUUCAAGCAUUUCAUAGUAGUAACCUAUAAAAAUUGAUAGAAACAUGCCGUAAAAGUAUGAAAAUUUGUAGACCAAAAACUCAGAAAUAACUUUUUUUUCAGUGCCUCGGCAUCACUUGGUACCUAGCCGCCGACACUCAGAUGUACGUCUUCGCUCCCUUAUUCUUGAUUCCCUUCUUCUACUCUGCGAAAAUGGGAUUUGUCUGUGCAGCCAUUGGCCUCUUCCUUUCCACCGGAAUUACCUACUUUCUGUUCUUCAGCUACGAUCUUCCAGCCACACUCCUCAAGGCGAUGUGAGAAACAUUUUCGAAAAUCAAGCUUGAAGUCAUCUCAACCGGCUUAAAGCAUGCUUUCAUGUCAUUUCUUUGUGCCUAUCCAUGUCCUGAAUGACAUAGUUUGCUCCAGAAUGAUCUCCGAUGACCUCUCCCGGCGAAGGAUGCACACCUACGUCUACACUUCGUUCUACGUCCGAAUUCCGCCCUACCUCAUCGGAAUCUGCAUGGGAUAUGUGCUGCUGUCGACGAAGAACCAGAAAAAGAUGAUGAACAAGGUUGUCAAAGUGACUGUAAACUUAGGCUCAAUAUAUUGGCAAAAUGUAAAUUUAAAAGUUCCACUCUAGUCCUAUUGAGACAUGCUUCAAGAUAAGAAACCGUGAAAAUUUAGAUAAGAAGAAAAAAAAAAUCAUUCAAUCAGUGUCUUACAUUUCAUCAAUGGGGUCACAUUAAGCCAAACAUUUAGACAAAUAGGUAAGAAAGACCAAAUCAUUUCAAGGGUCUUGCCGGUCUUCUUUGGAUUUUGUCGGCCGCAAUGGCUCUUGGAUCAAUCUUCAUUGUUCAUUCCUAUAACAACGGUUUUUUAACCCAAGAAGAAAGUUGACGAUUAAACUUGAAGGAGAAGUUUGGAGUAAAUUCGAUCGGGCGACUUACAACGCCUUCAGUCGACUUUGCUGGCCUUUGAGUUUGAGUUGGCUUGUCUACGCUUUGAAUCGCGGUUAUUCUGGUUUGUUUGUCUCUUUUUUUUUGAAAAAUUUAAAAAUUAAGGACUUAUUGGCAAGUUCAUGUCGCUGCCGUUUUGGACGCCGCUGGGGAAACUAACCUUUUGCGCCUACCUUUGUCACAUUUUCGUCAUCGUUGUUUACCUAAACAUGGAACGGUUGCCUCUUCACUACGUCGGACUGUUUGAAACGGUGAUUUGCGGUUUCGGAAUUUUUCUUUGUGCUCAAAGAUUUUUAUUGCGGAAGGCACGCCAAAAGUGAAGUCGAAAGUAAGAUUGAGUUGAAAAAUUUUUAAUUUUUGAAGCACAGGUAUUUGAAGCUUCCCGGCUUUGACAAAAAAGUGAAUAAGGACUUUGAAACUUUGAAACUUUUAUUCAGUCUUCAGAGUAGGUUCUCUGCUGAAUCAUGGAAUCAUUGAAGAGUUGUUUGUCGGUUCGCGAAACUGUUGUUGAUCAAGCGUAGACGGCGCGUAGAGCUUCUCGUCUCUCUUGUGCUAGUAGUAGACGUUUUUCGAACGUUUCCGACGAUCACUGCUUCUCCAUGGAAUAUGGACAUUCGGACUUAAUUUUAAAGAAGUAGCUUCAUGAAAUCUUCUCAUUUUUUGAGCAUCAAAAAAGACGCUUCUUUUUUACCUCUUCGAAAAAGCUUUUUGAAAUUUGCUCUAUUUGAGAUCAUGAAAAUGAUCCCAAUGGUCCCAAUAAUGAUUAAGGAAAAGUUUAUCAUUAGAAGCCUUAAAGGCGCAGGGAGAAGCCGUAACAUGUUUGUUUAAAAAAAAACCUGUUUGAGAGACAAAUUUUUACAAAAGUUGUAUUUUUGGGCUCGCUUUACUACGUGAACUAAAAACCUGACAAAAAAGUGAACACUAGGCGCAACUUCGACGUUAUUUGAGGAAUUCUGAGCCAUUCAGUUAUCACUCAAGUUGUAUUUAGCGCCUCUUUAGUGCUCACUUAAAGAAGCCGCGGCAAUUUUUCUUACAACAGAUCCUCCAAAAAUUGUCAAGGUUGAAAAUUAUCAAUUUGAAUGACGUCACUUUCAGUACGCUCAUGGCGUCAUUCCGGUGACGUUGCUCUCUUUGUGUUUUGCCGCCGUCUGGUGCCUCCUUUUCGAGAUGCCAUUCGUCCGGUUGGAACGGUUUCUCAUCGGGUCCACUCUCAAAAGAACCCAUAAGCCACGCCCACCAAACGAGUGCCCAGAAAAGGAAAUCGUGUGGACCGCAAAACUUUAA